AUGCGUAAAUCCGGCAGCUUAUACGAAGUUCUCCGCAUCAACCGCCACGCUUCCGCCGUUGAAAUUAAGGCGGCGUAUCGGAACUUAGCGAAGCUCUAUCAUCCAGAUUCUUCUUCGUCUUCUUCUUCUUCCAAAUCGGACGGUGGUGAUUUCAUCCAGAUCCAUAACGCCUACGAAACUCUCUCUGAUCCUGCUGCUCGAGCUCUCUACGACUUGUCGUUAGGGUUUGGAAUUGGAAUUGGAAUUGGAAUUGGAAUUGGAAUUGGAGAGAGAGAUUCAAACUCGUCGUUUUAUACAGUUGGUCGUCGCCCCACCCGAAGGUGGGAAACGGAUCAGUGUUGGUAG